UCUUCACUCCACACUCGCUCCUGGAGAGAGAGACAACGAGUCAGAGAGAGAGAGAGAGAGACACAGACAGAGUUAGAGACAUAAAGACAGAGAAACAGAUAGAAAGGAGAGACUCGUCGCUAGAUCGAGAUAAAGAGCGGGAUACAGAGAGAUUGUGUGGGAUAGAUAGAGACACAGUGAGAGAUACCUUCCCACGGAGAGACGGAAAGGGUUACCAGACCGGCCGAUUCCAUCAUGUCUUACUAUGAGCACAUCUACAUCGAGGACUUCAACUACACGGGGUCCGGGUCCGGGGACAUGGGCAUGGACCUGGAGGAGCCCUGCAACGUGGAGAAGGUGGUGUCCCCAGACCUCCAGCAGGUGUUCCUGCCCGUCGUCUACACCCUCAUCUUCCUGCUGGGCAUCACCGGGAACAGCCUGGUGGUGGUGGUGCUGGGCUGCCAGCGCAGGGCCAAAUGCAGUCUGACGGACUGCUACCGUCUGCACCUCUCGGCGGCGGACCUCCUCUUCGUCCUCUCGCUGCCCUUCUGGGCGGUGGACGCGGCGCUGGCCGACUGGCGGCUGGGCCCGGUGGCGUGCGUGGGCGUGCACGUGAUCUACACGGUCAACCUGUACGGCAGCGUUCUCAUCCUGGCCUUCAUCAGCCUGGACCGCUACCUGGCCGUGGUCAGGCCCACCGACACCAACACCGGGGGCCUGCGCCAGCUGCUCGCCAGCCGAUUGGUUUACGCCGGUGCCUGGCUGCCCGCGGCGCUGCUGGCCGUGCCCGACCUGGUGUUCGCCCGGACCCGGGAGGGCGGCGAGGGGGUGACCCUGUGCCAGCGCUUCUACCCCGAGGAGAGCGGCCCGCUGUGGGUGGCCGUGUUCCACCUGCAGCUGGUGCUGGUGGGGCUGCUGAUCCCCGGCGUGGUGCUGCUCAUCUGCUACUGCGUCAUCGUGAGCCGUCUGACCCGCGGCCCGCUGGGCGGCCAGCGGCAGAAGCGGCGGGCGGUGCGCACCACCGUGGCCCUGGUGCUCUGCUUCUUCGUGUGCUGGCUGCCGUACGGCGCCGGCAUCGCGCUGGACGCCCUGGUGCGGCUGGAGGUGCUGCCGCGGAGCUGCGGCCUGGAUGCGGCCAUGGGCGUGUGGCUGGCGGUGGCGGAGCCGCUGGCGUUCGCCCACUGCUGCCUCAACCCGCUGUUGUACGCCUUCCUGGGGGCGGGCUUCAAGACGUCGGCGCGCCGCGCCCUGACGCUGAGCCGGGCCUCCAGCCUGAAGAUCCUCCCCCGCAGGCGGGCCGGGCCCUCCACCACCACCGAGUCCGAGUCCUCCAGCCUGCACUCCAGCUAGCCCGGCUAGUCCAGCUAGCCGUGCUAGUCCAGCUAGCCCCCACACCCAGUACUGGGUGUGUAUGUGUGUGGGGGUUUGUGUGUGUGUGAGUCUGUAUGUGCGUGCGUGGGUGUGUUUGUGUGUAUGAGUGCACUGCACGUACACACACAAACAAACGUGUGUGACUGAAUGGAUCCACGUAUAUGCAUUCCGAUUUUUGCUUGAGGAAACGGGACUUCUGUGUAUGUGUGUGCAUGGACGGACGGGUAGGCUGGUCCAUCACCUGUCCUCGUGCAUCUUCCAUCUGUGCGUUGUCAUGUAAAUAUUGUUGUGCUUUCAUAAUAAAACUGUGAUGUUUUGUAA